AUGGCAGAUACCAAUGACAGUGCAGGUGAUGUCGCAGACUCCAAGGGGAAAGCAUCUGACGCCAUUUUUAUGAUGGAGUGCUUGAAACAUCUACAGACUCCAGCUACCAUCGAUGUCAGCGCUGUAGCGAAAGCACUUAAGUACAAAAAUCCCAUGUCAGUUGCGAACCGCAUACGUGAGAUUCGAAAGCAGUUCAAUUUGCAGCAGCACUUAACCUGCUCCGCAAAUUCUGCCAACGGUGGUACAGCUACACCUCGCAAGGGAGCAAAGGCCUCCACCGGACCCAUCAAAGCCAAGGUGGAAAUUCCCGAAGAAGGGACCGAAGGCGCGAAAGCCGAAAAGGCAAAGCCAGGGCGGAAGCCAGGGGCAAAGCGUGGACGUAAACCAAAAAUUGCUGCCGCUGAGGAUAACGCGAUCAAACACACCGCAAGUAAUGACAAUAAUGAAGCCAUUGGUGCUGCCACGGAAGAUACCGCUUGA